AUGUUGGACUUUGUGCAGCUUGACCAGGACAUCCUCCUGGAGGCCGGGGCCCAGCUGCACCGCCUCAAGAUGUUCCCCUACUUUGACAUUGCACAUUAUAUUUUGAUGAUUAUCGAAGUGCGGGACGAUCUCGGCGGGUCGGCGAGUAUUUUUUCGAGGAAGCACCCAUUGUCAUGCUGGCUCUCCAGCAUGUUGAUGUGCUUUGCCGACUCAUUCUUGGCAAAUUUCCUGCUCGGCGAGCCAGUGGUGGCCCCAUUCAAACGACACGACGACAUUAUCUUGGCGACAGUCAUCUGGUACCUCGUCUUCUAUGCCCCUUUUGAUGCCGUGUAUAAGCUGUCGAAGGUGUUGCCCGUGAAAUGCGUGCUCGCCGUGCUCAAGGAGGUCAAGCGGGCUCACAAGGUAUCGCAUGGAGUCGCGCACGCCGCAAAGCUGUACCCCAAUUCAUGGCUUGUGCAGGUGCUUGUCGGUGCUGCCAAGGGAGCUGGAGCAGGAGUAGUGCGCACCGUUGAACAGCUGGUCCGAGGCGUUUGGCUGCCCAACCACAACGAAGUUCUUCGGCCGUCUUUUGCCACCAAGGCCUCCCUCGUUGCCGCUGCCAUCUUUGCCCUGGAGAAGAACAGCAGCUACGUGUCGGCGCCGCACGACUUGGUGUACUUGUGCAUCGUCGGCUUCUUCAUCUACUUCAAGCUGGCCGCGGUGGUCUUCCACGUAAAUGACCCGUUCGCCCCGUUCGAAAACCUGUUUUGCGCCAUCUUUAUGGGAGGCAUUUGGGACGCGUUGAGCAGGGCCCUCACGGCAGCCCGAGAACGACGCGCCGCCCAAAAAGAGCAGAACGGCACGAUAGCCGCCGACCCGAAGAAGGAUCAA